AUGACUUCAUAAAUUUUAAUUAUAAUAAGCAUAAUAACAAUUUAAUAAAAGCUCUUCUUAAAAUAUCAAAAAAACUCUCUGAAAUUUAUAAUUAAUUAAAAAUAAAAAAUAAUAAUUAAAAACAAAUAUCUUAAAAAACAAAAAAUAAGACUAAUUAAUUAGCAAACAAUAAACUAAAGUGGAACUUCUUUUAAUUUGUAAAUUGAUAGAGAGUCGAAAAUGUCAGGACUUCCUAAACAAAUAAAAAUCGCAUAUUUUUUAUUUGUGAAACUAAACCAAGCUAAUUGGCUUCUAUGGUUUCUUAAUAACUAAAUUUACAAGGAAACUGGGAUGUUUGCUCUAAUAAUAAAUCUGAUAUUUUUAAUUUCACACUUGAUAAUAAUUUAUAUAUUGUUUAGAAAAAAUAACAAGUUAGAAAUUUUAUUUAUAUUUGCUCUCUCUUUAAUUUAAUUGGAAGACUUAUACUUUUUAUUAAGAUUUGAGAAGUUUAAAAGCUAUUAUGCUUAAGAUGUCAACAAUGGAUGGAUUAUGAGAUAAACUUUUGCUCUUUUAAUUACUGUGUUUUAGAUUCUAGUGUUUCAAAAUAUUGUAUAAAUAAAUCAGUUGCAUUUAGUUUUACCUUGGAUUACUUUAAUUUAUCUUUGUAAUAUUACUUAACAUUUUAUAAUUGGCGAAUCUUAACUUUUCAUAAUAAUCUAAAAGAUUUCAAUAAAAAAUGUAAUAAUUUCUUCUUUUUAGCUGCUUAUCUUUUUAAAUAUAAGUUUACCAUCUUUUAUUAAUUCUUUCUUAAAACUCUAUUUUGAAAAGCUAAGAAUUAUAAUAUUUUUUCCAGGUUUUUUAAUUGGCUAUAAGUUUUAAAGGUUUUUUUCUCAUUUUUCAGGUAGCUUAAAAAUGAAUUUGUUGAUUUACUUAAGUUUUUUCAAGUAUGGACUUGGGAUAAAUAUAUUAUCAGAUAAGGAUUACAAAAAAUAUAAGGAAGUAAAUAUGGUUUCAGCUAUUUUAAUUAUGCUAGAUAGAAUUUUUAUUUACUAUUAGAUUCUUAUUCAAACUUUUUCUUUGUUAUCCUAAUUAAUGUAUGUACAUUACUAUUCUAAUGAUUAAAUUGAAAAACAUGAUAUUAUUAGCAUAACCUUAAAAAUAAUAUUGAUUUCUUCAUACAUCUUAUAAAUUAGGAAAAAUAAUUAUUUAAGAGAAAAAAAAGUGAUUAUUAUUAAUAAUAUUUAAAAGCUUCAAAAAAUGAUAAUUGAAUUUAAUGAUAAUAAUAACUGUAAUCAUAAGGGAAUCUCAGUUAUUUUGAUAAAAAUCGAAUUAGACUAGAAUUCAACAAAUAUAAUUACAAAAUGCCUUUUAACUGAAUUCGAUGGUUGUUAAAUUAUUGACCUAUACAAUUAGUACAAAAGAAUAAAUUUAAAAAAUUCUAAUUUUUAAAAAGUUAAAAUAAGGAAUUUAAAUAAAUCAUAAUUGGAAACCUUAGAUUUAAAAAUAAUAAAAUCAAUAUGUCAAAUAAAAACAUAUUUUACAGGUGUUAAAAAUUAUUUAAAUCUCAUAAACUUAAUAAAUUAAUAAGAUUUAGUGAUUUGGAUAAAUUAGAAAUUUCAAUUUGAUAAUUUUUUUGAAGAAUAAUUAGCUAAAAUGUAAUAAGUAAAUCAAGAAUAUUACUAAACAUACUUCAGUAUAUUUUAAUAUUAUAAUGCUUUUCAUAAAAACAUUGCUAUUUAUUUAAACAUAAAUUAUAAUUAGGUAUUUUAUGAUUUGUUUGAUUGA